AUGGCAGUGUCCCGGACCUUCGCCUCCAUUGAUGCCGCCUUCAACACGUGUUCGGCCGCCAAGGCGUGGAUUGAAGGUGACAGACUUUCGAACGAGUAUCUAUAUAUCAGUCGGAGGAAAUGCAUUCCCAAACCAGGACGUUCUAAAUGCUAAGAGCUCUCUAGAAGUAUCAACAUGGCGAACAACAAUGGAACGACGUCGGCUCACGAUCAAGAGACGCAUUCUGCUGGCGAUGUUCUCGCCCGGCUCUCCCGUCAAGCCAUCAUAUCACCUGAAGAGACGGAAUUCAAGGCAGGCUGGGACACUUGGAUCAGCAGGUAUCACAACAUGGCAGAAGCGGCAGAUGUUUUAAUGAACAUGAGUCGGCAAUCAAUGGACCGGUCAGACAGUACGAUCACAGCAGAAAGCACAGUUUCUGUGCGUACACAGGAAUCUCCUGAGUCAACAUGGUUCCAUGCUCUACUUCAAGAGCAGCCACUCAGGGAUUUCAUCCGUCUGGGCCUCAAAACCGCCAGCCUUGACCGAGCAGCCGAGCGGAAAAUUGAGCUUGUCCUCCUUGUUAUGACUGCAAGAUCCUGCGUACAGGAAGCUUGCUGGUACCUUGACGAGAAUGACUGGGACAUCCAGCGGGCAAUUUCUCAAUACCAAUCGGACGAAAUGCAGCGAAUAAUCAAUCCCAGUCAAUUGUACCUUCAACUCAAUCGACAAGCAACCAGCAUCACCUCCCAGAACUUCAACGAGAGAAUGUUGUUCAUCGCAGUUCCAACAAGCCACAAUGGCAAGUUCUUUCCUGGCCAAUUCGACGUGAAUAACUCUGAACAUCUCCGAGCCCUGAACCAAUGGCAGGCUGAUAUGACACGAAUGCUCCGUGGACCACCAAUAAUACCGGACAUCGUGCGAAAGGGGUACAGUCCAGUCGAGCAACGAUUCAUGCGAAACCGCUUCGCCAACGAUAUCACAGCAUUUCAGAACGGCGGUCUAGCAAAUUGGGUGGCAAUCACGAAGGAGUUCAAAGAUGUUUUCCAAGGUCGGUACGUUCCUGGCGAGACAAAUCCGUGCCCAGAGCGCAUGCGAGGAAGUAUCACGAAUUACAUGAUACGCCACUUCAGGCAGGGACAGACGGGGCAGGUUUUGGCCAAUUACAACGCCGCUUUGCGCAUUUUGGCUGUUCGAGAGCAAGAGCAAGGGGAAUACGAUGCAGUUCGAGCUCGCUCCAUGCCGACUGCAUCGAUAUUGGAAUGGGAUAGUUGGGAUAGCAGCAGCGAUGAUGCAAUGGACUGGGAGUAGUCUACGUGCCUGUACCCAAUCUUGACCAAGUCUGAUCUUGGGAGCCUAUCGGGCUCAAAUGAAUACGCCUGCUCGAUACAUCCUAGGAGUCAUUCAUCCGCAUAGUUGGG